ACACACACACUCACACUCUCACAGUCACUCACAGAUUCUUCCACCAUGGGUUCUUCGACAACCCGGGCUCUCCGGCUCCAGGCUCUCUGUCCCCGGACACUUCCUGCUGCUCGGCCCGGUGUGGAGCUCCGUUCCCGGGGCUCUUCAGGCCUGAACCAGACCCUGAACCUCCAGGCCGACAUCGAGGCUGGGAAAACGAAGAGCAUCGAUGAUCUGCCCGGCCCCAGUUUAGCCACCACUCUGUAUUGGUUAUUCAUCAAAGGAUACGCGGACAAGAGCCACUUGCUGCAGGAUGUGCAGAAGAACCUCUUCGGGCCCAUCUGGCGGUCCCGGUUUGGUCCGUUCGACAUCGUGAACGUGGCGUCGCCGGAGCUGAUCGAAGAGGUGAUCCGGCAGGAGGGAAAGUACCCGCUCAGGUGUGAUCUGCCGCACUGGAAGGAGUACCGGGACCUCAGGGGCCAGGCCUACGGGCUGCAUGUCGAAACCGGACCAGAGUGGUACAGAAUCCGCGGGGCUCUGAACCCGAAGAUGCUGAAGCUGCACGAGGUGUCGGCGUACGCUCCCAUCAUCCACCAGGUGGUUGGAGAUCUGCUGCGACGCGUAGAGAUCCUGCGGAGAAAGAGCGAGGACGGAAACACGGUCUCAGAUCUGACCAGCGAGCUCUACAAGUUCGGCUUUGAAGGUAUCUCCUCCAUCUUGUUUGAGACCCGGAUGGGAUGCCUUCAGGAGGAGAUCCCCCCCGACACGCUGCGCUUCAUCACGGCGGCUAACGACAUGCUAACGCUGUCUGAAACGGUGAUUCUUUUCCCCCGAUGGAGCCGCGGCGUCCUGCCCUUCUGGGGGCGCUUCGUUCAGGCCUGGGACGACCUCUAUGACGUAGCUCGGACCCUCAUCGACAGGAGGAUCUGUGAGAUCGAGGCUCAGGUGAGCAGCGGAGAGCCGGCGGAGGGCUUGUAUCUGACGUACCUGGUGACCUCAGACCAGCUGAGCAGGAGCGAGGUUUACACCAGUGUCACGGAGCUGCUGUUGGGGGGGGUCGACACGACCUCCAACACUUUGUCGUGGACUCUGUACCACCUGGCGAGGGACGGGGGGGCUCAGGAGCGUCUCCACAGAGAGGUGGUCUCCGUGUGUCCGGACCUCCAGGAGCCAAACUCUGACGACCUGAGCCGGAUGCCCUUCCUGAAGGCCGUCAUCAAGGAGACGCUGCGCCUCUAUCCUGUGGUUCCUGGAAACGGACGCUUCGUUUCGGAGGACGAGGUGGUCGUGGGAAACUACAGGUUCCCAAAGAAGACGCAGUUCCACCUGUGCCACUACUCGCUCUGUCACGAUGAAGAUCAGUUUGAAGACGCCGAGCUCUUCAAGCCGGAGCGAUGGCUGCGAGGCGAUUCCUCUCGAAGCAAAUCGACGACCGGAUCCUACAAUCAUCAUCCGUACAGCUUCAUCCCGUUCGGGGUGGGGGUGCGAGGCUGCGUCGGGAAGAGGGUGGCGGAGAUGGAGAUGUUCUUCGCUCUGUCCAGGCUGAUGCAGAAGUUCGAGGUGCAGCCUGAGCCCGGUGCACCCGUGGUGGAGCCCAAAACUCGAACCCUGCUGAUCCCCGGGAAGCCCAUCAACCUGCGCUUCCUGCCGCGAGCCUGAGGGAUUCUGCAGAAACAAUUCCAAGUGUGCAACACAAGUCCAACUACAUCUCUGUCUUCGCUCUUUGAAUGCAGCAUCGUGCACAGGAUGAAAUGCACACACGUCUGCACAUACUUUACUAAAAUAAGUCACUGAAUGAUAGCAUAGAAUACCUAUUUUUAAGACUAAUUACAGGGCAUUUCUCGUAUUUCUGGUAAUCAUUUAUCCAUGUCAGCACACUAAGCGCUGUGACUUCAAUACAGGAGUUAAUUUAUCAAAUUACAGUCCUGAUAUUCUCAGGGCCUUGCAUAGCAUAGCAUCACUGUGAGACUAAUUUCACAUCAAAUACAAUGUUGUUUAAUGUUAAGAAGGUAGGAGGCAAGACAUGGAAUGAGAAGAGGGAAGUAAACAAGGAGGCGAUGAAGGAAAGGAAGAAUGAGAAAGGAGGUAGUGUCUGCACCAAUCCUGGAAGAUUGUUAAUACUGUUGUUAUCCUGUAGAUAUCUGCUUUAAAUGCCUUUCCACAAAUAAAAAUGUAUAUAUUGUCAA